AUGUCUGCACCAAAUCAAGGUCGCCAAUCACCAGAACCUGAGCGCCAAACUGGUGCUCAGCAACAAGACCAUCCUUCCCAGCCAGGCAGCGGAAAGCUCGACAACUCGGAGGGCAAGAAUGAGGGCAAGGAUGAUCAAACCUCCGGCCUCCAGAGCAACCCCAAACACAUUCUUGAAGACCACGCUGAGACAAAGACUGCGAAGGGGACGUCCGCAGACUCGGCAUAG